CGUCGAAUUCCCCACUGGGCAACAGUAAAGAAUAGACACCAAAGUCAAAUGACCCUGAAUCUACCAAUUAUGUAUAUAAUUGGUCCCAGGCUUACUGUAAUGCUGAAUUAUAAUUCAGGCUUACAAUAAUUCUAAACUUAUUCUAACCUAUUCCUCGAUAAUGACUUUUUAUGAUCCACUUGUUUGAGUAAGCUGAUCGCAUUAACCCCAAGACAUCCUAAGAGCUCAUCACUGGUGUCAACCUCCCACUGUUUUUGUGAUGGGUAGUGACGAAUAUGCAGUUAUUGUUCUCCAUGAAGGACGAUAUGCAAGAUCCUCAGUUGACCAUAUCUAUCGCAAAUGUAAUACAAUACUUAUCCGCGGUCCGGCAGGUUCCUUUGUAGUAAAUCCAGGCUCUGUUUGGAAUGGUCCUGACUUAUUGUCUUCACUGAAAUCUGUUGGAGUGCAUGAACCUGAGAGGGAAAUAAAAGGAGUAAUAUGUACUGAUGGUCAUGCCGAGCAUGUUGGUUGUAUGAGCAUAUUCAGUUGCGCUGACAUGAUGAUAGUCGGAUACGAUAUACAAAAGCGUGGGGAUAUGUUCCUGGAGCAUGAUUUUUGUGAUGGUAUUUCACCUUACGAAUUUGAUGAGAACUUUUAUGUUAUUGGAACUCCUGGCCAGCGUGGUCCUCAAAUCAGUCUGGUGGUAAAUGGACGUCUUGUAGAUUCGAAGAAUGGCAAUAGCUGUGAACCAUGUCGUAUAGCAGUUACUGGGAACUUAUUUACAGACAUGCAGGACGCUAGUCGCAUCAGCUUUUUUGACACUUUGGAAGGAAGUCACGGAGAGGUUAAUUGUGACAAGGAAAACAUGAUCAAUUGUUGGCGUCGGAGUCGUGGAUACAUCUUAGAGCGAGCAGAUUGGAUAGUUCCUGCAUACGGUCCUCCUUUCAAGGUAAAACCGGAAUAUUGCUUGACACCAUGUGUUGAACUCGCCUAAUAAUGAUGAUCGCUUACACCUUGAUGAACAUACACUUUUGAAUAUAUUUUGAACAAUUAAAAAAAAAACAACUUAAAAGAUCUGUGUUUCGAAAAGAAUCACUGCUUCAAAUGCAGUGAAAUGAAUACCACAUUCUUCUUCUUCUCUUUCUUUAAACAUGGAUAUCCAUUUCUCUGAUUUAUCUCUUUGAACACAGUCUUCGCAUCCUGUUCUAUUUCAUGAACGUAAUAUUGUAGAAAAUUGUGUUGCUAUAAAUAUAUAAAUGGAUUGUUUGUUUCAAA